AUUACUGCUGUGGUCUCUUCUGCUCGCUAGAUCUGCUGUAAAACCUGUCAGCGCUAUGGGCCUUCUCGACCAACUGUGGGAUGAUACUGUCGCAGGCCCUCAGCCUGAGAACGGUCUCGGAAAGCUCCGAAAGCACAAGACCUUCGGUGUCCGUACUGGGUCUGGCAAGGAAUCGUACGAGGGAAGCGGGAGAUCGUACGACGAGGAAUCGGUGGAGGAGGCGUUGAGAGUGACACGUCGCAUCAUGAUCGUAAAACCACCAGGGUACCAGAGCGGAUCGCCUCCAGUUUCACCUGCCGGUUCUACUCCACCGGUCUCUCCGUUUUCGGGAGCAAAAGAGUCCUUCCGGUUUCGCAGAAGGUCGACCUCAGAUGCGUAUGAGAAACCGAGCCAGAACCGAUCUUCAGGCUCUUCUCCUUUCGAUGUCUGAUAAAUUACGUACUGAGUCUCUUUGUUCCAUCUUCCCUUGGCUAUAUAUAUGAUGCAAAAAAUGUAAUUAAGGGUAGGAUUGUAUGUAUGGUCUAAAUCUGUGUACAUAGAGCCUCUGUACGUUUCUCUCUCCUUGUCUUUCUUUCUUUUUUCUUGUUUUGCCUUCAUUUCUCUGCGAGUUUUGUGGCCUGAAUAAGAUCCCACUUCUCUUUGUUUAUGUGGACCUUGCUGAUCCAUUGUUAAUGGUCUAUAUAUAAUAAUGGGGAACAAGAGAUAGUGGCUUUGUGCAUGCAA